AAAAAAACAUAAAAAUAAAAUACAAAAACAAACAAACCUCUCUUCAUAACUGUCAUUCUUAACCAACCCAAUGGAGAUUUCCCUCUUUGCUUGCCAUCAUCACCACAACCCUUUCAGCUCCAUCAGCAACAAGCCUCCCUUCAACAAUGUCAUCUCAAGAAAGCAACUACCCAGCAAAACUUGGAGUAUGAUGCAAUGUCAGUGCAGCUCAUUGUCUUCUUCAAAUGAUAUUACAAAACCCACUUCACUAUCUUUGGAUCACCAUGGAAGGAGAGCAAUUAUUGCUUCUAUCUUUACAGCAGCUGCUGCAAUUCAUGUCUGUGAUGUGGCUGAGGCUGUUAGCACUAGUAGAAGAGCUCUUAGAGCAUCAAAAGUUCCUGAGAGUGAAUUCACAACCCUCCCUGAGGGUCUAAAGUAUUACGACGUGAAGGUUGGGGGUGGAGUCAAGGCUGUGAAGGGAUCAAGGGUUGCAGUACACUAUGUUGCAAAAUGGAAGGGAAUUACAUUCAUGACUAGUAGACAAGGACUUGGUGUUGGAGGUGGAACACCUUACGGAUUUGAUGUGGGCCAAUCAGAGAGGGGAGCAGUCCUUAAAGGAUUGGACCUUGGUGUUGAAGGUAUGCGCGUUGGAGGACAGCGUUUGUUAAUUGUUCCCCCUGAACUAGCAUAUGGAAGUAAGGGAGUUCAAGAAAUUCCCCCAAAUGCGACAAUAGAGAUAGAUGUUGAACUGCUGUCCAUCAAAACAAGCCCAUUCGGGACCCCUGUAAAAAUAGUUGAAGGCUAAAGAAAUCGAUGCUUGUCAUGUUGAUUUGUUAAUCUGGAUGAACCAAACGGCGGACAAUAUAGUCAGGAAAGGUGGAUUUCUAUUUGCUCCAAAUUUAACCAUGAAUUAGAUUGUUUCUAUUCUUGGCCAUUGAAGAGAAAGUCACCAACCUGCUUAAAAUGAUUACAUUGUACUGAUACUGCUGUAAGUUUAUUUACAAACUUGAGAGAUUCUUCUUUCCACCUUAUCCUCUCAAGGUGUACUCUGUUCCAAAAAUUGCCGUUUGAGUGCAAAAUGUUAAUUAUGAUAGUACAUGCUUCAAUUUUCGACAA